AGGACAAGGUGACGGCGCGGGGCCCGCGCUCAGUCUCUGCCGCAGCGGCUCCAUCUUGCGAGGUCGCCAUGUUCUCGUCCAUCGCGCCGCUCGCGCGGCACAACCCGUUCUACGCGCCGCACUUCCAGCUGGUGCAGGACGGCGUGAGAAAGCGCACAGCCGAGCCCGCGGAGGUCCCCGCCACGCGGCGGAGCCUGGCGGCCGCGUCCGCCGACGAAGAAUACAGUUGUGAAUAUGGCUCGCUCAAGUUUUAUGCUCUCUGUGGCGUUGGUGGGGUCCUCAGUUGUGGCCUGACACACACUGGUGUUGUACCUCUGGAUUUAGUGAAAUGCCGUAUGCAGGUGGAUCCACAAAAAUACAAGAGCAUCUUCAAUGGAUUUUCAGUGACAAUCAAUGAAGAUGGUGUUCGUGGCUUGGCUAAGGGAUGGGCUCCAACCUUCAUUGGCUAUUCCAUGCAAGGGCUUUGUAAAUUUGGUUUCUAUGAAGUUUUCAAAAUCCUGUAUGGCAACAUGCUGGGAGAGGAAAAUGCCUAUUUGUGGCGUACUUCGCUGUAUUUAGCUGCAUCUGCCAGUGCAGAGUUUUUUGCUGACAUUGCUCUGGCUCCAAUGGAAGCUGCUAAAGUUCGUAUUCAGACACAGCCUGGAUAUGCAAACACUCUACGGCAGGCUUUACCCAAAAUGUUUGCAGAAGAAGGCAUCUGGGCUUUCUAUAAAGGUGUUGCUCCACUAUGGAUGAGACAGAUUCCAUACACAAUGAUGAAAUUUGCCUGCUUUGAACGUACUGUUGAAGCUCUCUACAAGUACGUUGUUCCCAAGCCAAGAAGUGAAUGCACAAAAGGAGAACAGCUGGUAGUCACAUUUGUUGCAGGCUAUAUUGCUGGUGUGUUCUGUGCAAUUGUUUCCCAUCCUGCUGACUCUGUGGUGUCUGUGUUGAACAAAGAAAAGGGCAGCUCAGCUUCACAGGUCCUUAUGAGGCUUGGAUUCAAAGGUGUAUGGAAAGGUCUGUUUGCUCGUAUCAUUAUGAUUGGUACCCUGACUGCACUACAGUGGUUCAUCUACGAUUCUGUCAAGGUUUAUUUCAGACUUCCUCGCCCACCUCCACCUGAAAUGCCAGAAUCUCUGAAGAAGAAGCUUGGUCUAGCUGAAUAGACAACUCAUUGACUGACUGCUGGCUGUCCCAGUGAUGAGUUUCAUGAAACUUUUAUAUAUUUGACUAUGUAGAAAACAAACUCUAUACAAUGUCAUUAUUGGUUGUGCCCUCAUCUCACAUGAGGGUUUAAAUUCUACCACUGUCAUUGCCUGAAAUAAAUGAGAAACAGAG